AUGCUACAUCGCCGCUUCGCUGCCCGCAGUGUCCGCAGUUGCCGCUGGUACCACGCCACCAGGCCCCAGCUAGGCUUCUUUCUGGUGUUUCGGCUGGAGCCACUGGAGAUUAUUGACGACCCCGACGACGUGCUGCCGUACAUCCGCAUGCCGGUGAUUCUGAAGGACCAGCUCAACCAGAUACCCCACGACAAGUAUAAGUUUGAGUUUGCCUACCUGAGUUUCGGCUACCAUCUGCAGCUGCUGGUACCGAUGAUCCACUCAUUGCUGGACUUGCUGGACCCCACCCAGCUCACCACGCUUUUGCCCCGGCGCCGCCCACACGGGCUGCCAGCAGAUACAUUGUCCAUAAAGGCUGGCGACGAUGCCAUGCUCGUCCUGCCGCUGGUGCUCGCCAUUGCCGAUGGUGUUUCCGGGUGGGACGAUGACCUGCUGAAACAAGGUGAUCUGGGCACCUGGCUGCGGCUGAUGUUGGAGACGUUGCUGAGAUUGAUGACCGAAUAUAAAAUCAAUCAUGCCCCUCAUCCGAUCAAGCGCCGGGAUAUCGACCAGAUUUUGGACGACCUGUUUUUGCAUACGCUGCACUUGAUGGAUCUCCAGAACCUCAAGGGGCUGCUGACACUUAUCCUCGCCAUCAUCACCGGUGAUGCCCUCCAGAUGAUUCUGAUUGGCGAUCUGCGGCUCUUUGUCUUCCGUAAUGGCGAGGUUCUCGUGCUGAACGAAGAACAGAUGGUACUGCCGUUGUGUCCUCAACAAAUUGGUACGCAAACCCUCAGUCAAUUACCUCUGGACAUGGCGUGGGUGCUGCUGGUGCCGCUUGAAGAGAACGACAUUAUCUUCCUCUGUUCGGACGGGAUCCUGGACAAUUUAUACGUCCAUGAGAUUAUCGAGUAUCUCGACGAGUUUCUCAACGUCAAAAAGGACGAUCUCAAGCGCGUCGCCAGUCGCUUCAUCAUCAAGGCUAAAGAAGUGGCGUUUGACGACUUUGCUUACACCCCUUAUAACGAAAAAGUCAACCUGUUACCGCUGGAGUUAGCGUCGUCCACUCCGUCUCAGGGUGGGAAAUUGGAUGACAUGUCGUUGUGCAUCGCUCGCGUGGUGCCUUUCGACAAGCCCAAGGCUGGUCCUACAAAGUCAUAG